AGAGAAAGAAAAGAGGAAAAGAGAAAAAGCAUCCAGUUAGACACCAUCGUUUGCUUUACUCACAUUAACUAUGGCUCAGCAAAUCUAAAGCUUUAGAAAGGCACCGAGUAGCGUUUUAAGCAGCGAAUUAAAUGUAUAAGAAGUCCCACCAUUGUACAGGAUGGUCGUGCUGCAAAAUGUUUCUCCUCCAAGAGAAGGAGUGAGACAUGAGGAAGUGGACAUUACCGCCGUCCUGGACGGGAAAAAACUUGGGUCAGGAACUCUUUGCGUUGCAGAAAGUCGUGUAUCUUGGGUCGAUGGAUCUGGAGUAGGAUUUUCUUUAGAAUAUCCUUCUAUAAGCCUCCAUGCCAUCUCCCGUGACCUGAGCGCAUAUCCUGCAGAGCACCUAUACAUGCAGGUCAACUCCAAACAUCAAGAUUCCAAGGAUAGUGAGGUGGAAGCAAAAGAGGAAGCAGAUAGAAGUAGUAAUGAUGAAGAGGAGGAUGAGGGCGAGGAGGACGAAGUCUCCACAGGCGUGUUCACUGAGAUCCGCUUUGUUCCAAAUGAUAAAAGAUCUUUAGAGAAGAUGUUUAUAGCUGUGUCCGAAUGCCAAGCACUGCAUCCCGAUCCAGAGGACUCGGACUCUGAUUUCGAUGGUGAUGAGUAUGAUGUCGAGGAAGCAGAACAGGGCCAGAUUGAUCUGCCUACGUAUUACUCAUUUGAGGAGGGCAUGUCUCAGCUGAACAUGGAAGGCCAGGGCACAUUGGAGAGGCUGGAAGGGAUGCUGAGCCAGUCCUCGGCCUCACAGCGAUGCAUGGCUGGUGUCAGGACUGAGGAUGCAGAAGCUGCGCUAAAGGGUUUAGUACAACUUUACAACAAAAAAAUGACGCAAAGGCGAACUCUGGUGCUCUCGCAGUCUCGGGGCAGUUCGACGAUGCUGUUGAAGUUGACCACUGACGGAACAGAGAGCCUCUUGUUUUCUCUCAGCAGAAGCACUUGAAAAGGAGCUGGAGCGGGUGGCCAAGAGAAAUGCUGAAUUGUGGAACGGAAGCCAAAGCACUAGGCCUUAUGAAUGUUAAAUCGCUAAAUAGUUGCACAAUUACUGGCCAACACCAGUCUUCCUUUUUUUGUGCUGACAACACUGUCAUACUGUCAAAUCAUCAUUUCAGUAUAACUUUUGUAUUGACCUUUUUUUUUUUUUUUUCUUACUAACGAGUACAAGUGCAUACUAAUGUGUAUUUCGUUAAUUUAUAAAUUAAAGCUUAAUGUAAUCAUC